AGAUGGUGGCAGAGCAUGUGCGAUAACGACGCUACAGUACAACGGAAAACACACGAUAAUAGGUCGGCUGAAAGUGAUCAAUUUUCUCUCUCUGCUUCAUUUUUUUAAACUAAUAAAUACUAAAAAUGGAAUUUCGUAUUGAAAAGAAAAAAGACUUCGAAUUUUUUAUUAAAAGUCUAUUGGCCGGCGGUGUAGCUGGUAUUUGUUCCAAAACAACAGUUGCUCCAUUAGAUAGAAUCAAAAUAUUAUUGCAAGCUCACAACAAUCAUUAUAAACAUUUAGGUGUCUUCUCUGGAUUAAAAGAAAUUAUUAAACGUGAAACAAUUUUUGCUUUGUAUAAAGGUAACUGGGCUCAAAUGAUCAGAAUAUUUCCAUAUGCUGCAAUUCAAUUUACUGCAUUCGAAUUUUAUUCUAAGUACUUGAAAUCCUUGUUUGAAAAACGUAGACAUAUAGAGAAAUUUUUUGCUGGAUCUGCAGCUGGAGUAACAGCAGCAACCUUGACAUAUCCGCUUGAUACAAUUAGGGCACGUCUUGCUUUUCAAGUUACUGGAGAACAUCUUUAUACUGGUAUUAUUCAUACAGCUGCUUCAAUUUUUAAGGAUGAAGGUGGUUUUAAGGCGCUGUAUAGAGGAUUUUUACCAACCAUAGUUGGAAUGAUACCAUAUGCAGGUUUUUCAUUUUAUUCAUUUGAGAAGUUAAAAUAUUUAUGUAUGAAGUAUGUACCAAAUUACUCUUGUUCUAAAUGUGAUAGAAACACUGGUGGUCUUGUUUUAACACUGCCUGCAAAAGUUAUUUGUGGAGGAUUUGCAGGGGCAGUAGCACAGAGUUUUUCUUAUCCUUUAGACGUGACAAGAAGACGUAUGCAGUUAGCUAUGAUGAAUCCAGCUACACAUAAAUAUAGCUCUAGUAUGCUAUCAACUAUAAGACUAACAUAUAAUGAAAAUGGUAUUAUGAAAGGGCUAUACCGUGGAAUGAGUAUAAAUUAUAUUCGCGGUGUACCUAUGGUCGCAGUCAGUUUUACUACAUAUGAAAUUAUGAAGCAACUGCUUAAUUUAGAUACGGGAACAAAAUUAUAAUUUAUGUUAUAUUUGUUAUAAUACUAUCUGUGUAAAGACAAUGACAUAAAUUAUUACAACCUAUUCAAUUAGGUUUAUUAGUAAAAAGGAUAAUAUUCUCAUAAAUAUGAUUGCACAAAAUAGCUAUAAUGGCAUAAAAUUUAAUUAACUUUAAUCUUGAGAAGAUCGAAAGCGGAUGAAAUAAAUUACAAAAGUAAGUUAAAACUAGUUAUAGCUGAUAAAAAUCAAAUAAAUCAUGCCAUAAUUGGAGUGAUUAUUACAAUAACAGCCAUUAAAUUUAUGCUGUGAAAACUGUGAUACAUACAUAAAAUUAAAAAUGUACGUAAGUGAUAGAUUAUUAAAAUUCAGAUAUAUUGCAUGAUAUUUUGAAGCAAUAUAAUUAUAGACACAAGAAAUUAAAAUAUUUAAUACAUCUUAUAGAAAUAGUGAACAAAAAAUGAAGUACAACUAAGCUACGCUCAAUCAUUUAAUGUGGUUUAUAUAUAUCAAUUUUAAUUUUAUUAAAUGUUUCAUAUUUUUUUACACAUAAAUAGGUGAAAAAAACGAUAAGGUUUAUUUCCUUAUUUUAUACAGAGAUAUUCAUGGUUUCUUUUUUAUAUCCAUCCUAUACUAACAUUGUGUAACCAAAAAUACAUUGUACAUUUUAUAUAUGCAUAAAAUUAUAUUUUUUAUAUAAAUAUAACGUUUAUUUAUUCAUUUA